AUGACUGGGCCCCUUGCUGUUGUUCUCCUUCUCAUCUUAGCAGCUGAGGUUCUCGUGGGAAUAACCACCAAUGCCUUCAUUGUAGCUGUGAAUCUUCUGAGCUGGGCCAAAGGCGUCGUCCUGAGCCCCACGGACCAAGUCUUGCUCUCUCUCGGAGUGUCCAAUCUCCUUGUUCAGGGCACCAGUACUACAGCUGGGCUCUCUUUCUUCUACAAGAAGCUUCUUUAUGAGGGUUCUGGGUUACACGCCUUGUACUUCUUCUCCACGUUCAGCACCCUCAUUAGUAUUUGGCUAACGAGUUUAUUAUUUACAAGCUACCACCUGAUGAUGAACCGCACUCUGCAUCCCCUCUUCCUGAGGAUGAAGAGGCUUUUCAUCGAAAACAUGUUCUGGACACUCUCUUGUAUUUUUCUGGUAGCCUUUGUAUUCGGUCUGCUCACCUCUGGGUGUCCUGCCCCAGACGUGCCCCAAGGUGCUGCAGCCAACCUCACCAGCAACUCCUCCAAGCCGUUCCUUCACUUCUGCCACAGCGUUCCAUUCCGUCUGACUCUUGCCGCCCUACUAUGUAUUUGUCCCUCCCUAACCACGACCUUCUGUGUCGUACAAAUCCUUACAGAUAUUUGGAAACACGUCUGGAACAUCAAGAAGACCAUGGCAGGUACUGGUGAGCCCAGCCUUAAAGCGCACAGAAGUGCCAGCGGCACCUUGACAGCUCUCCUGGUCCUCUAUCUUUUUUACACCCUCACAGGCACUUUAAGUUUUUUCAAUAUCUUCCCAAAUUCCAGCAUCUGGAUUUUAGUGUGCACGACAAUCUUUUCCAUUUCAACCUCUGCGCAAGCAGUCACGUUUAUCCUGGGGAUCCCCAGGCUUAAGAAGGAAGCCCUAAGGAUUCUCCAGCGUUUCAGAUCAUCCAGAGCUGAUGAACAUGGUAAGAGCGUAGAUGCAAUUUCAUACGUGACUCCUCCCUAA